AUGCCAACACUGCCGUGGCUGCCACCCUUGAGCUCCCAUGAAAACUACCGCAUAGAAGCUUCUGCAUGGCAGUAUCACAUGCUAUUGGAUCGUCCAAAUCUGCCUUUGCCCAUGUUCUUGAUCAAAUUCAACGUCAAUGUCGAUUUCUACUCCCAAGAUACAAGCGUGGAACGUAGCUUCCCGGGCCUAUCUACAUCCAAAACAUUCCAUGUUGUGGGUAACUCGAGACUUUUCCGAGAGGAUUCGAUGUCGAGAAACAGGAUCUGUAAUAUGAUCCGCGAAGUUCCAUUCCCAUUAAGGAGAGUCCAUUGGAAAGCGACACAACUUGAUGGGAAUUCAUCAAACACCUUGUUGGAGGAUGAAGAUGGUUUGAUAGAGACUCUUUUGGAGUUUCUUUGUUCAAUGAUGACUCAACCAUGCAAUACAAGGCGCAAGUUAUUUCCUUUGGAAUUAGUAAUCAAGAAGACUGUGAAGAUACCACACCAUGAAUUCGAGGCCUGGACUUCUUGGUACGAUGAGCAAAAAAGUUUGAAUGAUGAUUUCGAGAGAGAUUAUCUAACAGCAAUCAGUGAAUUGAGGCCUUUCGAUGAGCACGGAAUAAUUUCCCCGGUUAGCAGACCGUCUAUGGCGGCGUUGGAGGUGGUGCAAGUCAAUAAUUCCAAUGAUCCGGCGGAGUUGUGCUCCAUAUGCCUUGAAAAGUUUUUGAUAGAAACCAAAGUCAGUCGCAUGCCUUGUUCUCAUAUUUUUCAUGCAGAGUGCAUUGUAAGCGGUGGUGCUUGUGGCAUGACCUCCUUCAAAGCCGACGAUAAUGAAGACGAGAUCACCUAA